AUGGCUAGAACCAUGAGAGCACCCAAACACGUGGUCCAGCGAUGCACGCCACUCCCUCUCUUCUCGGUCUUCCUCAUCGCGCUCUGCUUCGCCGCUUCGAACCUGCCCCCCCGCGAGCUCGGCGGACUCGUGCAGCAACGGCCUCAGCCUUGGCAGACUCGUCGCCUUCAACACCACCGGCCUCACCUGCUUCCAAGCAUGGCCCUCGCAGGACUUCGUCCUAAGAGUACGCUCAGGCUCAGCGUCGUCGGUGCAUACAGGAUCUUCGGCAAGGCGGCGCCGGGGAGCAACGCGUGGAGCUUCGUGCUGUCGGCGCCGGACAACGGCGGUUACAUCUCCAUCGGCUUCUCGCCCACGGGGCGGAUGGUCGGGAGCAGCGCCGUGGCCGGGUCGUGCCCGCCGGACCAGGGCAAGCUGGCGCUCGCGAGCGGCGCCGCGGCGCCGACCGUCGUGUCCAACGGGUCCCGGCUCUACCUCGCGUUCCAGCUCGCCGGGCAGCCGCUCACUGACGUCGUCUACGCCGUGGGCCCUAGCGGCACAUUGCCGGGGCGAACGGGCUGCUGCCGCAGCACCAGGACAUGGCGACCGGCACCAUCAGCCUGUCCGGCGGCACCAGUGGCGGGGCAGCCCUGCUACCGGCGGCGCAGCUCGGGCGGCGCCUUCCUGAGCGCGGCGCGGCGGCACGGCGUGCUCGCGCUCGUCAGCUGGGGCGUGCUGGUCCCGGCGGGCGUGGCGCUCGCGCGCUUCUUCAAGCGGUUCGACCCGUUCUGGUUCUACGCGCACGUCGUCGCGCAGGGCCUCGGGUUCCUGCUCGGCGUGCUGGCCGUGGUCGCCGGUUUCAGGCUCGACGACGACGAGGGCCCCAUCGCCACCCACAAGGCCAUCGGCGUCGCCGUCCUCGUCUGCGCCUGUCUGCAGGUGAUGGCGGUGCUGGCGAGGCCGGCCAAGGAGACCAAGGCGAGGAGGUAUUGGAACUGGUACCACCACAGCGUGGGCAGGGCGGCCGUCGUGCUCGGCGUCGCCAACAUCUUCUACGGCCUCUCGUUGGCCAAUGAACGGCAGGAGUGGAGCUACGUCUAUGGCAUUUUCAUUGGGGAUAAAGCCGAUGCCGUGCUCGAUCGUGCCGGCACUCUGCGACUGCGAGUCCGCGUUGCAGCCGCCCGGAGGCUUCUUCGUUCGUCCAGGUCCAGCGUCAUCAUCGAGCACAAGGCAGCUCCCUGGGUCGGCGAGAUCUGGAUAGUCGGACAGCACGCAGGUGCAGAAGGAAGGGAGGUCGUCCUCCCGCAGAUGCGGCAGCGGGAUCCUCGCGCUGCGGUCGUGAGGGUCGAGCAGGUUCUUUCCAUUGCACUUGCACGCAUGGUUGCCAUACGGGCCCUUGUCUGUGUUUAA